AUGGAGGAGGAGGAGGAGGAGGAGGGAAGUGUUGGUAGAAAGAUAACGAUUGGUGUAUGCGUAAUGGAAAAGAAGGUGAAAUGCGGCUCCGAGGUUUUUUCGGCUCCGAUGGCCCAGAUUUUGGAUAGACUACAGGCUUUUGGUGAAUUUGAGAUCAUACAUUUUGGGGACAAGGUUAUUGUUGAGGAUCCUAUAGAGAGGUGGCCAAUAUGUGAUUGCUUGAUUGCCUUCUAUUCCUCUGGUUAUCCACUCGAAAAGGCUGAGGCAUAUGCUGCAUUAAGAAAGCCUUUCCUUGUAAAUGAAUUGGGUCCACAACACCUUCUUCAUGAUAGAAGGAAGGUAUAUGAGUGUCUUGAAAUGCAUGGAAUUCCUGUUCCAAGAUAUGCCCUUGUAAAUAGAGAAGUGCCGUAUCAAGAGCUGGAUUAUUUUGUUGAGGAAGAAGAUUUUAUUGAGGUUCACGGGAAUCGCUUUUGGAAGCCUUUUGUGGAGAAGCCUGUUAAUGGCGAUAACCACAGCAUUAUGAUAUAUUACCCUAGUUCAGCUGGUGGGGGUAUGAAAGAAUUGUUCCGGAAGGUUGGUAAUCGGUCAAGUGAGUUCCACCCAGAGGUUAGAAGAGUGAGACGUGAAGGCUCUUUUAUAUAUGAAGAAUUUAUGCCUACAGGAGGAACUGAUGUCAAGGUGUACACAGUUGGCCCUGAGUAUGCACAUGCUGAGGCAAGGAAGUCUCCUGUUGUUGAUGGUGUUGUUAUGAGAAAUCAUGAUGGAAAAGAAAUCAGGUAUCCUGUGCUACUUACUCCAGCUGAGAAGGAAAUGGCAAGGGAGGUUUGCAUUGCAUUUAGGCAAUCAGUCUGUGGGUUUGAUCUUCUACGUUGUGAAGGCCGUUCAUAUGUCUGUGAUGUGAAUGGAUGGAGUUUUGUGAAGAACUCCUACAAAUAUUAUGAUGAUGCUGCUUGUGUGUUGAGGAAGAUCUUUCUAGAUGCAAAAGCCCCCCAUCUUUCUUCAACAAUUCCACCAACUUUACCAUGGAAAGUCAAUGAACCGGUUCUACCUUCUGAGGGACUAACACGUCAAGGAAGUGGGAUCAUUGGCACAUUCGGGCAGGCUGAGGAGCUAAGAUGUGUGAUUGCUAUUAUUCGUCAUGGUGAUAGAACUCCAAAGCAGAAGGUGAAGUUAAAGGUUACUGAGGAAAAGCUGUUAAACUUGAUGCUAAAAUACAAUGGAGGGAGACCUAGAACUGAGACAAAACUUAAAAGUGCUGUUCAGCUGCAAGAUUUGUUAGACGCCACAAGAAUUCUGGUACCACGUACUAGACCUGAUCGGGAAAGUGAUAGUGAAGCUGAAGACAUUGAGCAUGCUGAAAAACUUCGUCAAGUCAAAGCAGUUCUUGAAGAGGGGGGACAUUUCUCUGGCAUUUAUAGGAAGGUUCAACUAAAGCCAUUAAAGUGGGUUAAAAUUGCAAAAAGCAAUGGGGAAGGUGAAGAAGAACGACCUGUUGAAGCACUGAUGGUUCUUAAAUAUGGAGGUGUUCUUACGCAUGCUGGCAGAAAGCAGGCUGAAGAACUGGGUAGAUUUUUCCGCAACAAUAUGUAUCCAGGUGAAGGUACUGGCUUGCUUCGCCUCCAUAGUACAUAUCGUCAUGAUCUUAAGAUAUACAGCUCUGAUGAGGGUCGUGUACAGAUGUCUGCAGCUGCAUUUGCCAAAGGCCUCCUCGACUUGGAAGGGCAGCUAACACCAAUCCUGGUUUCACUUGUUAGCAAGGACUCUUCUAUGUUGGAUGGACUUGACAAUGCCAGUAUUGAGAUGGAAGAAGCUAAGGCUAGGUUGAACGAGAUCAUAACUUCGGGAGCAAAGGACAUUCAUAGCAACAAAUCGCCUGAUGCACCUUGGACGGUCGAUGGAGCUGGACUUCCUUGUAAUGCUUCUGAGCUUCUACCCAAAUUGGUGCAACUGACUAAAAAGGUCACUGAACAAGUGAGACUACUUGCUACUGACGAAGAUAAGAAUCUUGCACAGACAGCAUCAUAUGAUGUAAUUCUUCCAUAUGACCAAGCAAAGGCCCUUGGCAAGACAAACAUUGAUGUUGAUCGUAUAGCUGCUGGAUUACCCUGUGGGAGUGAGGGAUUUCUUCUGAUGUAUGCACGGUGGAGAAAGCUUGAGAGAGAUUUGUAUAAUGAACGCAAAGAACGGUUUGAUAUUACACAAAUUCCGGAUGUUUAUGACUCUUGCAAAUACGAUCUCUUGCACAAUGCACAUCUUAAUUUAGAAGGGUUGUGUGAACUCUUCAAAGUUGGUCAGUUACUUGCGGAUGGUGUUAUCCCUAAUGAAUAUGGGAUCAAUCCAAAGCAGAAGCUAAAGAUUGGCUCAAAGGUUGCUCGUCGCUUGCUGGGUAAAAUUUUAAUUGAUCUGAGGAAUACUCGUGAAGAAGCGAUCAGUGUUGCUGAAUUGAAGAAUAAUCAAGAUCAAUCCACUAAAAUUGGGAAAGAGGAAAUAGAGUACCAUUUGAAGUAUCACAGUAAGAAUGAAGAUGGCAGGCGGGCUAGUUUUACCAGUGAUAUGUCAAUGGAUCAGGAUGAUGAUGAUGAUAAAGAGAUCAAAUACCGCUUGGAUCCAAAGUAUGCUAAUGUGAAAACACCAGAACGACAUGUGCGGACACGCCUUUAUUUCACAUCGGAGUCACAUAUUCAUUCCCUGAUGAAUGUCCUCCGUUAUUGUAAUUUGGAUGAAUCUCUCCAAGGAGAGGAUAGCCUUGUUUGCCGUAGUGCUUUGGAGCGUUUGCACAAAACAAAGGAGCUUGACUACAUGAGUUAUAUUGUUUUGAGGAUGUUUGAGAACACUGAGGUAGCUUUAGAAGACCCAAAAAGGUUCCGCAUUGAGAUGACUUUUAGCCGAGGUGCAGAUUUAUCUCCCCUGGAGAAGAACGAUAGUGAAGCUGCCUGGUUGCAUCAGGAGCACACAUUACGAAUAAUGGGUCCUGAAAGGCUACAAGAAGUCGGGUCAUAUCUGACAUUAGAGAAGAUGGAGAAGAUGAUUCGGCCAUUUGCCAUGCCAGCAGAAGAUUUUCCCCCACCAGCAACACCCCAUGGAUUCUCCGGCUACUUCUCCAAAAGCGCAGCGGUGCUUGAGCGGCUGGUAAACCUUUGGCCCUUCCAUAAGUAUGGAACCGCUAACGGCAAGUAGUACAAAUAUCUUUACACUAUCUCUAUCUUCAAAAAAAAAAAAAUAUCUCCUUUUCCACCUUUGUUCUUUUCUUUCCAUAAACUAAUGGGUAGCUUGAAUAAUCAGUGAAAGUGAGGUUUGGUAAUUUUCCUUUGGAAGAAAUUUUGAAAAGAAAAAAAAGCAACGCACGUGGACAACAGGAAAAGGACAAAAAAAAGAGAGAGAGAGUUAAUUGUCCAAAAAUUUUAUUUAUAAAUGUUUUGGUAGGUCAGGUCCUGCAUAAGAUUUUUUAAAUCAAUAAGUUUUAUUUGGUAAAAUUGAUAAUA